AUGGUGCCGCAGCCGCCAGCGGUCACUGUGCUUCGAGGCCCGCGCAAGCCCCACUGGUGCUGCGGGCAAUGCGGGCGCGCGGAGAACUGGGCGUGCCGCAUCCAGUGCCUCUGCGGCCGCGACGCGCCUGCUGCCAUCCUCUCGCGUGCUCGCCAGAAACACAAGGAGGCCGAUGCUGGCGGAGGCGGCGGCAAGAAGGCGGGCUUCAAGCAAGGAGGCCCGGCGACGCAGGGCAUCCCCAAGCAGCUUGCGGAGUGGAUGCAGGCCAUCGAGAAGCGCUUGGCGCCGCCCGACAAGGAGUGGCCCAAACCUGGCGGCACAGCGCCGUGGCGCGAGGCCGCAGACGGCGCUGACCCUGAUAAGAAGUCGCAGAGUGCCAAGCUCGGCGAACGGAUCACGCAGCUCGAGGGGGGCCUCGCGAAGCUUCCACCCGCCGACGAGCGCAACAAGGAUCUUCGGGGUCCGAUCGAGAAGCAGUUGGAGACGCUGCGUACGGAGAAGCGUGCGCUAUUGUCUCCCCAGGCCCUACAUCGGCGCACGCAGCAGGAUUUGCAGCGGGCGCGGAACGGCCUGGAGAAGUUGGAGAAGGAGUCGGGUGAGAAGGAGCGCCAGCUUGAGGAGCUGGCCAAGGGCAUCGCGACGCGCAAGGAGACCAUCGCAGCGAAGAGGUUGGAGGUGGCGGCGCUGGGCGCGGCGUUCAGCGAGUCGGCCAAGAACGUCACCACCGUUGCGGCCGACAUCGACCUGGUUGAGGACGACGUGGCCGACCAGCCCGACCUCGUCGCGCUCCUCAAGUCUGAGGCAUGGGUCAAGCUCAAGUCGGCGGUCGCCAGCAAGGUGCAGAAGCGGGCACUCUAUCAUGCUCGGAGCGAAGGCAGCAUCGAUGACUUCAUGUCCGCCUUCGACACUAUGUGGUCCGAGCUGGCGGCCAAGCCGACGGUCGGCGCUGAGUUCAGCAUCGAGACCUACAACGCCAGCGGCGAGAAGGCGUCCGUCAAGAAGCGCCUCGCCAGCACGAUGGCGAGCGUGGUGCUGCUGCAGGAGUUCGUGCACAUCAGCGAGCACGUCGAGGUCGUCCCGAACCGAGUUCAGAAUGUUCUCGUAGAUGCACCCGAGCUGCCUGUCGGCCUGCAUGCUUUUAACGUGUACCUGCGCACUGGUGAGGGCGCCGCUGGCCGCAACGGCAGGCUGUUGCAGGAGUUGGGCCUCGCUGCUGAGGCACUGGGCGGUCCAGUCGUCAUUGGCGGUGAUUGGAACAUGUGCCCAGGCGAGUUGGAGGCGAGCCAGUUCCCCGCUCACGUUG